UGAUAUAGUUAAAUGUGUGCUACACUGCGGGGUGUUAUUGUUAAACUCUGUGUUUCUAAAUAUUUAGUGAAAAAAGCUUAUUGGGAGUAAAAACAAAAACAAACAAAAAACAUUUGACUUGCUUUUGGAGGAGCGAACGGCUCUCCUUAUGGGUGUCACUCAGGUUGGCUGCUUCCUGCAUUGACGGAGCACCGCUCGAAGAAGCCCUAAGUGGUGCUGCUCGCCUCUCAAUUGCCCCGAAUCUGAAAGACGCGGGGUGGGGUGUUAACUUUACGGAGGGACGCCAGACGACUCCCGGUGGUAAAAAAACAACAACAACUAAAUUACAAAAGAAAUUAAAAAAAACGUGUCGGGUCUCCCUGCUGCCUAUUUCCGGUAGUUGCUAUUAGCUACCAAGCUAGGUGGCUAAUGCUAGCUAGCAGGAAGAAAACCUCCUAGAUGCAUACGAAUAGCAAUGUUCUCUCUCCUAAUUCUGUAGAUACCCUUUAAAAACAAUAUUUCUGAUUAGACCACAUCGUAAUGUUACGUUUUAGCCCAGCAUUGGACUGACAUGCUCCUGGAAAUCCACUCGCUUACGUUAGCCAGCUAGCCACCCUGUGUCGAUCCUGUUGAUUUACAACGAGGAAGAAAAAAGGAGACAUUUACUCAACUGCACGACUUUUUUUGGACCCUUUUUGAGAUUUAAAACAUUUUUUUUUAUUUGAUUUCGGAGAUGGCUCCUAAAAGAAGACCCGUUCCGCUGAACAUUACGCCCAUAGGAGAAGGACAGGCCACCUCUAAUACCAUUGGUGCUGCAUCGGAAGCAAACCUAGAAGCCUUACAGAAAAAGCUGGGAGAGCUGGAUCUGGAUGAGCAGCAGAAGAAACGACUGGAAGCCUUCCUCACCCAGAAAGCCCAAGUGGGAGAGCUCAAGGACGAGGACUUCGACCCCAUUUGCGAGCUGGGUGCCGGCAAUGGAGGGGUGGUUAACAAAGUCCGUCACAAGCCGUCGGGUCUGGUCAUGGCUCGUAAGUUGAUUCACUUGGAAAUCAAGCCGGCCAUCAGGAACCAGAUCAUCAGAGAGCUGCAAGUCCUACAUGAAUGCAACUCCCCGUACAUUGUGGGUUUCUACGGCGCCUUCUACAGUGACGGCGAGAUCAGCAUCUGUAUGGAGCACAUGGAUGGUGGAUCCUUGGACCAGGUUCUAAAGGAGGCCCGAAAAAUUCCAGAGGAAAUCCUGGGGAAAGUUAGCAUAGCUGUUUUAAGAGGUCUGGCAUACCUGCGAGAAAAGCACCAGAUCAUGCACAGAGAUGUGAAGCCCUCCAACAUUCUGGUCAACUCUCGCGGGGAGAUCAAGCUGUGCGACUUCGGAGUGAGCGGCCAGCUCAUAGAUUCCAUGGCCAACUCCUUUGUUGGAACGCGUUCCUACAUGUCGCCGGAGAGACUGCAGGGCACUCACUACUCGGUUCAGUCCGACGUGUGGAGUAUGGGCCUGUCCCUUGUGGAGCUGGCGAUCGGCCGCUACCCCAUCCCCCCGCCAGAUGCCAAAGAACUGGAGGGCAUCUUCGGACGGGCUGUUCUGGACGGGAGAGAGGGAGAGCCUCACAGCAACAUGCAGAAGCCCAGACCACCAGGGAGGCCUGUAAGCGGACAUGGGAUGGACAGUAGACCUGCUAUGGCCAUCUUUGAACUUUUGGACUACAUAGUAAAUGAGCCUCCUCCUAAACUGCCACUUGGCGUAUUCACUAACGACUUUCAAGACUUUGUCACAAAAUGCUUGAUUAAAAAUCCAGCCGAGAGAGCCGAUCUGAAGAUGCUGAUAAAUCACAUAUUCAUCAAGCGAUCUGAAGUGGAAGAAGUGGACUUUGCCGGCUGGUUGUGCAAAACCAUGGGUCUCAACCAGCCCAGCACUCCCACCCGCAGCACUGAGUGAAAGCCCCCCCGCGCCCUCACGUCAGCACUGCCUUACCUCUGGGUCUAUUUUGCUUGCAUACACAUAAGUUAUGUUGUACAUACUCAGGCCGUCACACACGUUUUGGCACUUUUGUCUUGUUUUUGGGCUUCAAACGAUUUCUGGCUUCCUCUCAUGUAUUUCUUCACCAGCAGCAGGGCUCUCGAGUGGUCGUACUGUAUGUAAGACCACCGCUUCACCAGGCCAGUGUCAUGCUUCCAUUGGGCUGCAGGGGAGUGGAUGUUAGCGCUAAGGGGCUGCCAGUAUGUGAUUGUUUUAUAUUAGAUGUUCUGUACGAAUCUUUUCUAUGGCAACAGUUGAUGGCUGGUGGGUUAUAUUUUAAUAAUUCACCCACUGUGGAGAUUUGACACAUAUUAUCUUGCGUAAUCUUAAUACUGUAGGCUAACUGCAGCAAUUGUCAUUUACUCACUCAUGUUGUCAAACGACCUGAAAGGAUUUGCCAUAUUGUAAUUACAUUUGUUGGGGAUAGAGUUGAAUGGGAGAUGGGCACACCUAGAGUCACUUUUUUUUGGUGUACUCACUCUGAGGAUCACUUUGUGAACAAAGUCACAAACCAAAGAGGGUACUCGCACUAUCAAUGCCUGAUAGAUUUUUCUUUGGUUUCCACUUCUGCACAUUAGUGAACAGUGUAUCAUAUGUUUCAUUCAGCCGUGUUGUUUCCUCAUACAUUUCAAUCGCCCUCUAAUGGGGGGAGGGAGGCACUCACUGCGGAGGCCUAGAAAUACUAUUGACAAAACAGUGAUCAAAAUGCAUUCACGGGAUGCUAUAGCAUGGUUUAUCUUUCUUAUUACUGUACCUGUAUUUUGUUUCAUGGUGCGGGUGAUCAGCUGGUGUGUUGACGAGAACCCUCUGUAGUAUCGAUAUGAAACUUCAAUCAUUUGUUUUUGUUUUUUUGCUGAUACUUUGUCUUCUCUGUCGUUGAUCUGUACUUUCCCUACCCUUUCCUGAAGUGUAUUUGGUUCCCGCCGCACUGCAAGCGUGUCUCUCUCUUUCUCGGGACAAAGCCAGCAGAAUUGGACUGUGCAUUUGGGGGAGGACUUUGGCUUAAAUGCGAACACCUUUUACCCAAGCUGCAGUAUAAUUACAAACUGACUUCUAGUGGAACCUAAGCUUUAAGCAAACAUUUACGUAGUACAAAAAAAAUGGGGUUAGGCAGAGAAUCCUAACCCGGUUCAGUGUCGGUUACACGGUGGUGGUGUCGCUAGCCUGCUGUUACUGCUAGAGCGCUUGUAUUUUUCCUUGCUUUUUGGCUGCCCUCUAUUCUCCAACCUCCACCAAACAAUGUGCAUUCAGUUCAGAGCAAAAUGGAUGCAUCGUCACUUGUAUGUGUGCAAAUAUACAAAAAUUACAGGACUAUUUUGCAGUCUUAAUUUACAAAUUGAGUUUGAUUUAUGGAAAUGACAAGGAAAAUAGUCAUUUUUUCGAAAUAUAAAAAUGUGUUGGAAAUGGUUAUAAUGUAUAAAAAUAAAAAAUUAUUUGUGAAUGUA